CACAAAACAACAUAUUGUAUCUACCUUCCAAAAAUCUAUACACAACCAUCCACAACCAUACGCCACUAUCCAAUAUGUCAGAGGAAUUUGUUGCAGCAAACAAUUUGGAGGAAAACUACAUUGAGAACCUGGUCGCAUAUUUCGACGCGAACGGCGACCUUUCGCCCGAUGUUACAUGCAACGUAGCUUGUAUUAUCUGCUCGUCUAAAUUGGCUAUUGUGCAACCUCCGGAUGGUGAUCACCGGCCGUGGUCUUUACUUUACUGUGGCCACACUUUCUGCUAUGAAUGUAUUGAACAUUGGGUAAGCUCAUCCGGCGAUCCGACGUGUCCGCAAUGCAGGAAGCCAUUGAGGCAUGGAGGCUGCCAGCACAAAUACCAUCCGAAGAAGAUCGUUCUUAAGGAGGGUUUCAAUAUUCGCAAGGUCGCUGAGAUGUAUUCGAGUGGAGAAACACCUAGUAGAUGCGAAAAUUGCGUUCUGGGCCGGCCUACAACUCCUAGUCCUGGACCAUCUAGAGUGCGACCUAAUGUGUUGGAUUUUGUGGAUCCUGGUCAGGAAGUGGGUGAUACCAUAAGGAGUCAGUAUAACAGAUUUAGAAGCAACUUAAAUUUCUCAGACCAGGAGGCGCUCGUACCAGAUAUAACCGCACAAGAAGAACUUCAGCGGCAGUGGGGGAUGCAAUGGGCGGAAUACUAUUAUAGACAGGGUUUUCAGGAAGCCUUAAGACGCCGCCCAGAGGGUGGUCAUAGUGACGGGUGCUCUGCGACUCAAGAUACCUCAUCUAGCAAAUCGAAUGCAAAGAAAGAGAAGAAACACGACAAGUCGAGUGGGCACAGAGCUAGCUCUAGCAAAUCUGUUCCAACAACUCCCUCCAGGUCAAAUGGGCACAGAGCUAGCUCCAGCAAAUCUGUUCUAACAACUCCCUCCAGGUCAAAUGGGUACAGAUCUAGCUCCAGCAAUUUUUCCCCAACAAGUCCCUCCAAAGGUAAAUCUAAGUCUAGCCAACCGAGCCUGAGCCACACUCACGGUACUUCUAGUAGAGAACUCGAAGGCAGUGCACGGACUACGAGCCAUAAAUCUUCGCACCACCACCAUCACUAG